AUGUCUCGGCGCUUUCCCUUGGCGUUGGCAGCAGCGCCUCUUUUCCAGAGCCUGAGCUCGUGGCGCAAGGGCGAAGGACAUGCUUCCAGGAGGCCUCUCUCAGCCCAGGAGGCUCCCUUGCGAGCACACGUUCUCAUGGGCGGCUCUGGGGGUGGACGCCUCGCUGGCUGGAGCCGGGCAACAGAGGCAGAUCAGGCUGAGCUCCGGGCACGGCUGCGCCCCGAGGUGAGCUGUACCUUCGGACCGGUGGUGCCACGAGGAACGCAGAUUCUGGUAACCGCUUUCCCUGCAGAGAGUGAUUUGCAAGCUUGUGGUGCGGACUUGAAGGCCCUCGUCAUACCCUUUGCUGGCCUACCUGUGGCAACGAAGAACGUUCUACAAAAGGGCGGAUGGGUUCAGCGGGGCCUUCAAGUCCACAACGUGCAUCACAAUUCGUCCACCACAGCAGAAAUGGCCAUCGCCUUGGGCAUGGCGGCAGCGAAGCAGCUGCUACCGGCCGACCAGAAGCUUCGGAAGGGCGACUGGAGUCCUCGUGGGCUCCCAUCGGAUGGGGACCCAGACCCCAUGAUGCAGCUGAGCUUGGAGGGCCAAGGAGCGCUGGUGUUGGGCUUCGGUGAAGUUGGACGGAGGGUCGCGCGCGUGUUAGCAGCAAUGAAUAUGCGAGUACUCGCCACCCGGAAGACCGCAGCAGCUGGCGAUGUCAAGCUGCCCGAGCCAGGUGAGGUGGGCCUGCGCCAUCCAUCGCAGUUGCGUGAUUUGCUGCCCAUGGUCCAGAUGCUGUUCAUUUGCCUGCCGGACACUCCGGAGACAGAGGGUCUCAUUGGUGAGAAGGAGAUCACCUUGCUUCCGCCAGGCUCGGUCAUCGUCAACGUUGGUCGAGGGCACGUCCUCAAUGAGGAGGCCUUCUUCAAUGCGCUCCGAAGCAACCACUUGCUGGGUGCAGGCGUGGAUUGCUGGUACAAAUACCCUGCAGAUGCCAAGAGCCGAUGCAGCACCCCUGUGUCUGCAAAGUUUGAUUUCGGAGGCCUGGAAAACAUUGUAAUGUCCCCACACCGUGCGGGCUCAGUCGGCUUGCCUGCGACAGAGCGCUGUCGCAUGGCCGCCUUGGCCGAGCUGUUUAAUGCAGCUGCAGAGCAGGGAUUCCAUGCGAUGCCAAACAGAGCCCCAGCCCCGCUGCUUAUGGCAUACCUGCUCGUGGCAGAGGCUAAACUUCCGAUGGGAGACGAAGAUGCUUACACAUACUCUGGCAUUGCAAUGUCCAUGGUUGAUGAUCUCAACGAGUUGGUGAAGCCGAUUCUAGCAGAGACCUCUGUGUGGCCCUACCGCGAGGCAAUCUCCAGAUUGCAGAUGACAGAGAAUGCAGCGUUGCAGGCCAGACAGACUUAUCCCGCACUGUUGGGCGGACCCAGAGGGAUAACGCUCGAGUUCGUCAUCGUGCAUUGCAAAGAGCCACUAGAAUGGGUGGAGGCAGACCUGCUGCCUAUUGCCCCUGCUGGCUCCCAGCUCACGUUCUACGAGAAAUGUGGGGAGGAGCCAAAAUUCUCAGGGGCAGUUAUGCAACACUUUACGCCGGUCUCCGUGAGAUCCUGUAGAGAUCCUGUUGACGGUCCUCGUGGAGAUGAGUGCUUGGGUUACCUGGCCCACAUCGUCUCCAACUAUUGGAACCUGGCCACGUUUACGGUCUUUUUGCAGGCGGAUCCCAGCGAGCACCUGCACUUCUCGUGCCACAGAGUGGGAUUGCUUGCAGGUUGGUUGCCAUUGGUCGGGAGUUGCCUUUAA